AUGGCGGACAGCGCCAGCGAGAGCGACACGGACGGCGCCGGCGGCAGCGGCGGGGGCGGCGGCCCGGUGGGGACGCUGACGGCGGGCGGCCCGGCGGCUGGGCCCGGCUCCGGGGUGGCGGGCGGCGGCGGCGGCGGUUCGGGGGGCAAGGCGGGCGGGAUCGUGAUCUCGCCGUUCCGGCUGGAGGAGCUGACGAACCGCCUGGCCUCGCUGCAGCAGGAGAACAAGGUGCUGAAGAUCGAGCUGGAGACCUACAAGCUCAAGUGCAAGGCGCUGCAGGAGGAGAACCGCGACCUGCGCAAGGCCAGCGUCACCAUCCAAGCAAGGGCAGAGCAGGAAGAGGAAUUCAUCAGUAAUACUCUAUUUAAGAAGAUUCAAGCUCUGCAGAAAGAAAAAGAAACACUUGCAGUAAACUAUGAAAAGGAAGAGGAAUUUCUCACUAAUGAGCUCUCAAGAAAACUGAUGCAGCUGCAGCAUGAGAAGGCUGAACUGGAGCAGCAUUUAGAGCAGGAACAGGAAUUUCAAGUGAACAAACUGAUGAAGAAGAUUAAAAAACUGGAAAAUGAUACAAUUUCGAAGCAGCUGACCCUGGAGCAGCUAAGACGUGAGAAGAUUGACCUUGAAAAUACUUUGGAACAAGAACAAGAAGCGCUAGUGAAUCGUCUCUGGAAGAGGAUGGAUAAGCUUGAAGCAGAAAAACGAAUUUUGCAGGAGAAACUAGACCAGCCAGUAUCUGCUCCACCAUCACCCAGAGACAUAUCAAUGGAGAUAGAUUCUCCAGAAAAUAUGAUGAGACAUAUCAGAUUUUUAAAGAACGAAGUGGAGAGGUUAAAGAAACAACUGAGGGCUGCACAGUUACAGCAUUCAGAGAAGAUGGCACAAUAUUUAGAAGAGGAGCGACAUAUGAGAGAAGAAAACUUGAGACUUCAAAGAAAAUUACAGAGGGAAAUGGAACGUAGGGAAGCGCUCUGCAGGCAACUGUCAGAAAGCGAAUCCAGCUUAGAAAUGGACGAUGAAAGAUAUUUUAAUGAGAUGUCUGCACAAGGAUUAAGACCUCGCACUGUGUCCAGUCCUAUCCCUUAUACACCCUCACCAAGUUCUAGCAGACCUAUAUCACCUGGUCUGUCAUAUGCAAGUCAUACAGUUGGUUUCACACCACCAACUUCACUAACUAGAGCUGGAAUGUCUUACUACAACUCCCCAGGCCUUCAUGUGCAACAUAUGGGACCGUCCCAUGGUAUUACAAGGCCUUCACCACGAAGAAGUAACAGCCCCGACAAAUUUAAACGUCCCACUCCUCCUCCUUCUCCAAACACGCAGACCCCAGUGCAGCCACCUCCGCCACCACCUCCACCACCUGUGCAACCUACGGUCCAAUCCGCAGCAUCGCAGUCAGCCACUUUUCAACAUUCAGUGCAUCCCUCCUCUCAGCCUUAGUGCAUGUGCUCAGCAGUCUGUCUGUCAGAAGUGGACUCAUAAUAUGGAGCAGUUUACUAAAAGCCAAAGGCUUACUUGGCAUAUUUGGAUUUGACUUAUUUGCACUGAGGUUAUAUAGGCUUCACUGUUAAUUGUGUUGUAAACGUUUGUAUAAAAUGCAGCCAGUGUUGUGGGUCUACAACACUAACUUAACAAAGUUUUCCAUCAGUGUUUACUUGAACUACAUGUAUGUCCAUUCUCUGGCUGGAACAUUUGCUACUCUGUUUGGUAAUACGGCAUUAUGUCGUUUUGCUUGGCUCCAAAGCUUCAUUUUCCUGGCUUUUAGGUUUGUAAAAUUAAAGGGAUACCUUUUUAUAUUUUUUCAUGACAAUUUGCAGAAAAUUAAAGGCAUGAUGGGUUAUAUGAUAAAUUCUGAAAUAUUAGUGUUUACCAAGCUUAUGGAAAAUCAGCACUACGUUUCAGUCAUUUGAAAUAACAGCUUCUAGUGCAAAAGUGAGUCAGACACCCUAAUCAGUGCCCGAGACACAUACUCUAUUGUAUUACAUAGUAAACAAGCUUAAUUCAGCACACAGGACACAUCCAUACUUCUCCUGUUUAAAAGCACCUCAGACGUAUGGUACAGUCGGAAUUUUGCAGUGAGGGAACUGGCUUGUUGGAGUCUGUGGAAUGUACAAUUCGUGGACCUUAAUAUUUGAUGAUUUCACUUGACAUUUACGUUAACCUGUAAGCUGCCCAUACUGUGUGAUCUGUCACAAUUAACUUCGGUAAGUGUGGUCCUGCCCGCAGGUUACUGAUAGCUGAUUACAGUGUGCUCUUUGAUUUUUUUGCUGCAGAAGGCGAUGUGAUUGUAGAGAACAGCUGAUGAUAAUUUUUUUUCUUGUUAAAAUAUAUUAAUUGUGAUUCCCCCGAAGCAAAGUUUGAACAGGUAUUUUAAAUGUUCAAAAGUCUGUUAGAAAAUACCAUAUAAGAUGAGCAUAUAGGAAUAUAUUGGCCUAACAGCCAAAAUGUUGUAUUGCUUGGUAGAAACAGAGUACAAGAAAGUAGCACAACGUGGCACUAAUGAAUGCUUAUUUAGCAGCCUAAGCCGGUACAAUGUAUAAAGAAAUGUAUUCUGAAUACAUUCUUUCCAUUCAUUUAGCACAAAUAAAUUGGUUUCACUUUGCAGUGGAACAAAGUGUCACUUCUUGGUAUUGACAUCUUACUCAGUUACAUUUUUCUUGAGGUUCCUGUUGAGUACUGAGGUUUAUAUAUUAUUGAUGAUUUUAAGUGGUUUACCUCAUAUAUAUGGAUAUGUGGGCCAUGGAAAAUGACAAGAGAAUGUUUAUUUUAUGAGAAUAUGUAUCUGGCUAUAAUCAGAGCAGAACGUGAGUAAUUUAUCUUUUGUUUACAAAAGUUUGUUUGACAUGCCUAAUGCUUUAUUAAGGACAUUUUUAAGAAGGAAGUACAGCAUUCUGGUAGUAUACUAACACUUGUACAUAUAUUUUCAUGUUUACCACUCACCUAUUCAGUAAGAAUUGCAAACUGAAAAAUCUUUAUAAAAUUAGUGCUCUAAAUCAAAAUAGUAAGUUAAAAUAAUGUUGUAAAAGGUUCUGCUUAAGGCAAGACUAGAAUUUCUUCACUGUAGCAAUGUAGUUUCAGCUCUGAGAGAAUUUAGAGAAUGCUUAUAUAGUCUAUUACACUUCUUAAACCAAUACGGGAUCAAGUGCAUUAUCAAAUUACAUUAGUUUUGGUAGUGACUCUCCAAUUAAGUGAUUCUCAAGGUUGUGGCAGACCUAAAAUUUGACUGGUGCUUCCAUCUGAAAAUAAUUGACCAUAGCAGAUGCUCAUAGAGGAAACUCAGCUGUGAGGAUUCUAAUUAAACAGAGCUCCUGAAUCAGUUAUAGGAUUGUGUGUGUGAAAAUUACAGGCAGUCAGAGGUGGGACUGAGGUCAAGAUAGGAUUGGUUUAGUUUGACGCUUGUCCUUUUGUAAACAUAAGACAAAGAAAAAAAAAUAUUUUUUUAUAAGUAGGAUUCCAGCUCAAGUAUACCACUGUUUAAAAUGGUGCCCUCCUUUCUGAAGUGCUUUGAGGUUCUUGGAUGUAUGGCUCUCUAGAGUGUGAGCUCAUAGUGGUGGUAGUAUAAAUGCAGGGGCAGGGGGAUGGGAUGGGGAACGCCUUUGACAGUGUUGUUUUAAGAUCUUAAAGUGGAAAAUUGCCUAGAAUAAUUUAAGUUUGAAGCAUAUUCCAAAACUGAAUUUGUGUAACCCAAGUUUAGCUGCUGUUAUCAAGUGUCUUAGUGAACUCUCCUUACUAUUCCAGUGGGACUGUUACCCAAGGAAAGUAAAGAACUGACAAAUGUAUACUAAACCCUGAAAGUGUAACAAGGCACUAAAUUGGCCUUACCUAACUAAGAAAGUUGAACAAACAUUUGCUUGCAAUCAGAAGUGUUAAACUCUAUUUGUAGACUUUUUGAAUAAGAUGAGGAAUUGUGCACAACCAUCUCCUAAUAAAUGUAAAUGGAUUUUCAGUUUUCCUGGUGAGUUAUAGUCAUGAAUUACGAUUCUGAAGCUGUGAUUUUUAUCAGAUCUCCUGUAGACUGGAGAAACUCACUUGACAGUGAGGUCCAGCUUACCCUGAGGGCUUCAGUGCUUGGCUUCUUUAUCUCAGAAGCACCUGGGUGGGUUUCUGCUGUUCUUUUCAUUACUCCACACUGCAUCAUCACUAGUUGUGAAAGGCCACAAGAGCAAUUUAGCAACUUCUAGCGGUGAUGAGCAUUUUGAGUGUACCCCUUUACAGCUAAAGGUUUAAAAAAAGCAUAAAAAAAAAUCUUUUAGCUGUUUGAGCAGUGCUUUCCUCUCUGACAAUCAGCAGCUUUCUUUUUACUUUUUCUCUCAAGGGAUCUGGCUUGGACACUGGAAUGCAGAUGAGACUCUGUAGAGUAUUAAGAGUUUAUUUUAUGCACGAUUUGUUCCAGAGAAGUUCUUUGGAAGAAGAGGUGGGACUAUUCGGAGAUAGUCUUCCAGCUAACAGCCAGAUAAGAUUGUUUUAAUUACAUGUACUCCUCUGAGAGCAUAUUCCCAAGGGCAGAAAGGACUAUCAGAGUUUUUCAAGAAAGUGUCAGUGAUUUUUUUUUUUAUUGGCAGUUGCCGUACUGGAGCUGAACAGAACAGGAUUUCUUUCCUGUUAAAAUGUUCAUGUUCAGGAAUCCAUCUGCCUGGGUGGAAUCCCUGUGCACUUCAGCUGAAUGAAAAAUGCAGUCUUGGAAGCAAUGAAAAUGAGAAAGGUUCCUGGGAUCUGAGCGAGUUGCACUGCUGACAGGAAACAAUUUAGACUCUGUAUAUUUUGUUAAAUAAGUGGAAACUGAUCAUGGAGACAAAUAAAAGAGCCUUGCAUUCUUUGUCAAUCAAAGAACGCAGUCUCUCAUCCUCAGUAUUGAUUAUUGCUUAGUAAGAGGAUGCAUCCAGGGACCUUGUUUAAGUCUUGUAGUGCUUUUUCUAAUCCUAACGCUUAGUUUUACAAGCAGUAUAAAUUCUAAUACUGUUCAACUUUUUGAUGUUUCCUUUUUGUUUCAGUCAUGGCAGUCUAUUUCUUUUUGAUCCUUGGGAGUCUACAGAGCAUGGACUAUGCAGAGCAUAUUUCUCCAGUUCAAGCCAUCUCAUAAGAAACCAGAAGGUUUAUGACUGUAAGCUAUAAAAUUAUAAUACAUGCAUAUAUUACAACAACCUCCUUGAGGGGAAAGAUCUGAAAGAAACCAUAGCCCCUGAGUACCAAAUGGACUGUGUGCAUAGAGACAAUCUGGUCUCCUCAGUUCCCUGAGGAGCUGAAUGCCUCUCCCAGCCCUUCUCUGAUUUGGACUAGCGUUCUUAACUUUUUUUAAAUUCCACUUCUCACUGUAAUAAGUACUCAGGAUAUCCUUCAUGUUCCUUUUGGCUAAUAACCGCUAGUCCCAGUACGAAUAGAGGUUAAGAGUCAUUGCCACUUUGUGGACCGGAGGAAGUCACUGAAUAUGCCAGAUCGUGGCCUUUACGAUGCAGUCCUAGUUUAAGUGGGAGCGUGUGCUCAUAUCGUGGUAUUUAUUUUUUUUUUAAAGCAGCUGUUGCUGUUUUUGCAUUAGUAGUGUGCCCUGAAAAGGAGAUAAAACUAUGGACUUUGGCACUGCCUUAACAGACAGCUGCUACUUUAGGGAGAAUAGCGCUUGUUCCUAUUCAACUAGUUGGGCUCCAAAGAAAAGGACUACCUCAUCUUUAGUUUGGGAUGAUGUGGCUGCAGGGUCAGGAGAAAUGUCAUAGCUGUGCUAGGUUUUGUUCUGCAUGUGUUACCUGGAUUAGGAGUCUUUCCUCACUGGAACUGGGCUCCGGAGGUUAUAAAGCUUUUGUAGAGGAGGAGCGGGGAGGUAGGACAGAUGGCUGAGGGUUGAGUUUGAGAAAACUGUGUGUCCCUGUGGUAAAUUGCUGCUCAGAGAACUCUUGGGCUAGGCCUGGGAAUUGCCUGUACUAAAACUACAAUUGUUUUUUCUGUGUGGUUUCUUUUCAAAAUGUGCUAUGUUGCAGUUCUUAAGUUCCUGGCAUUGGUAUCUAAUUAAAAAACAAAAAAAGCAAUUCCCCUCUUCAGAGAAAUAUUGGAAGUAGUCUUCUGCGUGCAAAGGUGGGUUUUGUCACGAUAUAAAUUAAUACUGCAUCUAUAUACAAAGGUGUUUUAUUCUAGUGGUAAAACUUAAGCUGUCCAAGGCACUUUAGUUUGUGAUUGCUGACUUUUGUUUUGGCAGGUGUUUCAGAUGAAAUCUAAGCCUCCUGUGGAGGAAGAAAAAAAUCACCUGACAGCUGUAGACUGUUCCUUUCCUGCAGAAAUACAGCAAUUUCCUCAAAUGCAAGUAAAAAUGGAACAAGCAUCCUUGAGCUUUUCUGAAGCUUAUAUUUAAUUUCAGUACCUUGGUGAUUGCUUUUGUGUAUUUAGAGAAUCUGCAAAGCCUCAUUGUAGGUUGGUUGGGCAUCUAGCUGGCUAUUCCCAUGUUUUCCUGAUCCUAGUGAAGGAAGCCUGUUCAAAUUUGGAUCAAAUUUAUAAAUCCACUGGUUAACAACAAUGGUCAAAGUGCAGGUUUGUUGAGCAUGAAUCCAAGUGAUGACUUUAAAAGCAUUACACUGUGUUGGUGUGAAUCAGAGCUUAUUGUUGAAAGAACCUCGAUACAAAGAAGUUGGUUGGGUUUUUUUUUUAGCAGGUUAUAUUUUAUUCUGUAUUAGCUGUAUUAUUGCUUUGUUGUAUAUCUCAAGGUGUUUACAUAUAUUUGUAAUUGUUACAAUGUGUCUGUAAUCAAGCUCAUCUGUGCCUUCAUGCAGACUUCCAAUAAACACUUGAUUUUUUUUUUUUUGUAUUUACUUUGUAUGGAAGAGUAUGGGGUGGAUGUCUAUUUCCUUCUAUCUGUCAGCCUGUCAUCACUGGGAAAAAGAGGAAGAAAAUGAGAAACAGGAAUCGGAGAAAGAUAUGUGCUUGUCUUUAUUUUUGCUGUCUUUGAUUCUAGUUGUGCCAUUUCUGGUAUUUUCACUUAAAUGACUGAGUGGGGAAUCUGGGGAUUAUCCUAUUUGCAUAAUAAAGUUUGCAUAGGAGAUGCUCCUCACUUUGAAUUAGGUGAAUAUUAUUUUGCUUCUGUCUUGGAAGAAUGUUGCUGUAUUUCUUGAGCUAUUAUUGUGGAAAAAUUCCUGAGUACCUUUCUCCCCCUGAAUUAAACAUGUAUGUUUAACCUUUUA